CGUGCCUCUGCAGUGGCUUGUUCUUUCCUGCGCCGGCUACAGACACACACCGCCCCCCUCCACCCCUCCUCUGGCCACUCAUCCCAGCAUGCGGCACCUAUUCAUGGGUAAGACUGACAGUCUCUUCCCCAGACUGAAAGUGGAGCUCUGCGCUGCAGCUGCCGCUGAAUGAAUGCAGUGUUUCUUGCAUCUACAACCACGCUGAGUGAGACAGAGUAUCAGCGAGACACUGCCGGCAACUGAGAGCCACUGAUCUGAAGAUCAAGCAACGGAUCAGGUGCUGCCUCCGUAUUUCUCGCUCUCUAGUUCCCUCUCCCUCCCUUACUGGGACAUACUGCAAAGGAGGAUCGAGGACAGGGAGGUACUCCGCAAGACAUCCCCAGCUGAAAGUCUAAUUUCGUGUCAGGUCCCUUGUAGCCUCUCAGACCUACAGUAUCCCACCCAAGACAUACAGCAGAAGACUUGACCAGGGACAGACAGACAGGCACAAGUGGGCAGACUGUCUGGCAUGGAGUUGCAAGACAGAAGAUCAUUCCUGCACAGGUGUGCGCGGUCCGGCGAUGUAGUCCACGCCGGUCUGGUCAUCACACUUCUGAUUGGCGUGUGGUACGCUCAGGCACUGGAGGUGAAUACAGGCAAGGUCAAUUUUAUAGAAGUGAUGAAUGGAAGUUCAGUGCUCUUACCCUGCACAUACGCCAGCUGCAUUGGCAUUAAAAACCUUUACUUCAACUGGCAGUUCAAAGACAAUGGGACAUUGGAUAAGCUCUGUGAGGCCAUCAUCCCAGCAGAAGGAGUAGAACCUAAUGUGAAAAUCUAUCAUGACCGGGUGGAGUUUGUCGGCUCCAGCAAACAGAAUAACAUCUCCAUCUUACUGCAUAACGUCACCUUCGAAGACCAGGGAGAGUACAUCUGCUUCGCCCGCAACCCCAAGGAGAAGGAACGCAACCAUAGUGCAGUUUUCACUCUUUUUGUGGUGGAUGAAUUGAAAGAGGUGGACAACACACUGACCCUCAUCAUUGUGUCCGUGCUAGGUGGAGUCAUAGGUCUGCUCAUUCUCAUCAUGGUAGUGAAAGCUGUAGUCCUCGCCAUUCUAAACAAGGUCCAGGAGAAGAAUAAAGAGUGCCUUGUGAGCUCUUCAGGGAAUGACAAUACAGAAAACGGCCUCCCGGGAUCCAAAGGAGACAGCAAACCGACACCAAAGGCAUGAAAAGAGCAUGUGUGUGUACAUAUAUGAGCAUAUGUAUACAUGCAUACAUAGUCAUAACAGAAUGAAAGCAAGUCAUAACAAUGGACAGUUUUAUUCUCUUUAUCUCAUGAGAAAAAAUGCUACAUAUAAAUAUGUGGAAAUAUAUAUUUUAGAUUGUGCUUGAGGAAAAAUACAAAGUGCUGCAGGCUGGAUCACACACCCUUUGCUGGUCUUAAAAGUCAUAAAAAAUAUUCAGAAAGCAGAUGAUGGUAGACGCUUCGGUGUGCUUGCAUUCUGUUCUUGUCUGUGAGACACAGCACACACACACUGCCUUCUUCACGAACUGCCAUAUCCUUUCGAUGCUCGACAGCACAAGAGACCCACAUAACAAAAUGUUUGCGAUAAACUUCCAGUGCAACUUUACAAAUCUUCACACUGCAUUACAAACGAUCCCGAGGUGGAAUCUCUCACAAGCGGACAAGUCAGUAGCAAAACAAACACAGAAACGUGUGUUCCGGAAAAUACUUAACAACUUAAACAUUAAAAACCAAGGGUGCCUCUUCAAAUUGGAAUAUGUUUACCAACAAUUCAAGCAGCUAAGCUAAUCUGAUUAUUAACCGCUCCCACUAAUUUUACAAGUGAUAUUGAGGUCAUAAAGAGCAGGAUGCGAGUGCACUUGAAGGGCAGAAACACACUCUACGCAAUAGCACCCCUUGUGGCAAUGCUGAUAUUACAACACAUACAUUCUGACAUAUUUUCUGUGUGAAAAUAAGGUUGUGUAGAGUGUUUUUCAUGGCUAAUGCAUUAUUUAAAAUGAAGUAUAAAUAAAAGCACUUACCAGAGAUGCAGAUAAGGUGUGUAUAUCCAGCAUCCAGCCCAGCACGGUGUAUUCUAUUUAUUUCUUUUUCAUUUUUUUCUGCUUUAGAUAAAACACAGGUGCCUGUUAAUGCUUUCAAGCUCCACAUGCUUCCUGGGAGCCUUCAAAUGCUAUAUAAAUAAGUUAAUUAAACAAUGC